CCGCGCAACAACACGUCGCGUCUAGAGUCCCGCUGAAAGUGUGUCCUGCCUCUUGGCCGUCAACGCCGGCGUGCGAAUCGCGUCGAUUGUGUCGAUCCGCAGUCGCUAAGCCCAAGUCGAAGUCAAGUCGUGUCCGAUACAUAUCCAAAGCAUAUCCAUACGCUUCUAUACACUCCCGCAUUAUUUUUCUUGUUUUUGUUUGCGUUCUUUUGUUGUGGUCGCAGUUGCCGCUUGAUGGCCGCUCGGGUAGUCCAAAGUCAAGUACAGUGAGUGCUGUCUGUGUGCGUACGCAGUAGCAACAUCAACAACAAUAAUAAUAUUCACAAUCGUAGUCGUUGUCGCUGUUGGCUGCUGCCGCGUUAUUUCCGUUUCCGUCUGCCGCGCCUCUCUUUGCGCUUAUCCUGCAAUUACUUAAGAGUCUCGGCUGUCGGAGCCGGCAGCCAGAAGACGCUCACCGAGGUGGCAGCGGUAACACCAUGCCCGCUCAGACGUUGCCCAAACGGCGGACGCUCCUACCCCAUCCGCUGCUGCUCCUGCUGCUUUUAUUCGCGGCCAGUCAACCCGACAAGGCGGCCGGAAAUGAUGCGAUUUCCGCUGCCAGCGGUCGUCGCCAUAUCCAGUCAGAGGCGCCAUUCCUCACGCGGAUGAAACGUGACGCCAGGAGCGAGGAGGCCGACACCGAUGAGGACGCUGCAGCUGCCUCAAUGCAGCAGCAGCAGCAGCAGCAGCCCUUGGAUUUUUCAGCCUAUGUGAAUGAUUUCAAUUUGCAAGCUGAGGCCACCAUACCCGAGGACAUAUUUGACCAGCACGAUGGCGACAUUGUAGACGAUGCGGCCUCCCAGCUGCAAUAUGCCGAGCCUGCGGAUGACGAAGCUGACGAUUCCGAUGCGGCUGAUAUUAUACUUGAAUCUCAAAGGCCCACUUCAAGGAAUUUCACUGUUUACCUUGCCAAAGAUGGCAAGACAGUCAAGAAGAAAUACCAUAACAACAACAACAACAAUAACAACAACGACAACAAUAACAGCAACAACAACAAUAAAAACCACUACAACUACAAAUUGAAAAACAAUAAAGAGAGCAUGCUGCCGAAGAGAGUUGCCAAUGAAGAAAAAGCAGAUGAAGAGACAGCGUCAGCUACAAAAUCCACUUCCGGUGACGACAACGACAGCGCCAAAGACAACAACAACAACAACAACAGCAACAACAACGAUAAGGCCAACAACGACAAGGACGGCAACGAGGACGAGGAAUACAACGAGCAGGAGGCCGAGGACACGGCUGAGGACAAUGUGGAGGAUGAGAAGCCAAACGCGAACUUUGGCAGCAAAAGUUUUGCGUAUAAAAAAUUUAAGAACAUGCACGAACAGCAAAAUCAACAGAGCCAAAAGGAGCAACAGCAGCAACAGCAGCAGGAGCAGCAGCAGCAGCAGGCAAAUGGCAACGGACCAGGCCAGCAGAUGGAGAGUGUUGCAGGGCAAGAUGAUGCGGAACGGCAAUGGCAGCGACAGCGAGAGCCACAGAAGGCUGGUGUGGAGCAGCUGUUUGAUUCCAUUGAAAUAUUAAAUGAACGAAAAUUUAAUAAAGCGCCGGGCCAAUCAACGUUGCAAGCAGCUGAGGAUGUGGCUGGCGAGGACAUUAUGGCAAUCGGCGAUAUUGAGGACAAUUUUGGUAAUGAUCAAGUAUUGGCGGAAAACAUUAUGUCCACAAUUGACAAUGAUGAAUCAGCAGCAAGGGAGACUACGUCUCCGGCCACCAGCACCAGCACCAGCGCCACAACGACAACGACAACAACAAACCAGCCAACUACCGUAGCUGCUGAUCCAACAACAACAACAACAGCAGCAGGCACAUCAAACAGCUCAAGUAAGCGGAAUGUGUCGCCGCCCAUUGGACGCAAGCAGAAGCGACAUGGCAGCGGCGCCAAUACUAAUGCCUGGCUUGGAGGUAGAUACUAUGACAAGAACAACUACGACGUAGGCCCAAUUUGGACGCACCAUCACGAGAACCCCAACACUGAUUUUCAAAUGGAGUCCAGCGACGUGGGAGAGCUGCACUACUUCGAUGCUGGAGAGAAUCCGAGAAGCAGCGAAGACAUUGCCAACGAAUCACAAGCCAAUUACUUGAGCAGCUACUUGGGCCAGACAAUAAAUGAAACCAAGCAGCAACAGCAACAACAACAACAAAAACAAAAACAACAGCAGCAGCAGCAGGACUCUCGUUUCCAGGACGAUGAGUACGGAGAGCAGCGGGCGCCACAACUGGAAUCGGAAUCUGCAUUGCGUUAUCAUCCGGAUGCCACCACCACCGAGUCACCAUCGGCCUUUGAACGCUUUAAGGCGCUGCGGCGCAGCAAUCGCCGGAAUGGUCACAAGAGCCACAAGAAGCGCUACAAGGACUACCUCAAGCACAAUUUCAAGCUAACCCCCAGGUACGCGCUCAAGCUGCGCAAGGAGCGGGAGGAGCGCGAGCGAGUAUGGCAACGGCAGCGGGAACAGGAAAAGCAGCAGGAGCAAGAGCGGCAGCGGGAGCAGGAACAGGAGCAGGAACAGGAACAGGAGCGUGCAGAGAGACACUCCCAUGCAGCGCCGAUCUUUGCCCUGGGCGUGCGACCACAACGCAUGACGCCCAAACCCUUCUACGAGGGUCAAGUGAACUACUACGACCAUCAGGAGGAAAUACAGCCGCAGCCGCUGGACACUCAUCAUACGGAAAUGGAGCGUCUAAUCGCCAACGACAAUGGCAACUGGUAUCGACGCAUCAGUCCAGUGCUGCGCAAUGGCGUCAAGAGCAGUGAACAGCAUCAGCAGCAACAGCAACAGCAGCAGCAGCAGGUGAUGCAACCACAGCCGCAGCAUCAGGUGAAGCACCAUCAUCAUGUGAAGCACCAUCAUCAUCACCAGCAUCAUCACAAGCAUGCUCGCAUGCAGCGUUUACCGAGUCCAUAUCAGCGCAAGGCAACGGCGGCUCAGUCAGCGGCACCGGCUACAACACCAGAGCCGCCGCUGCCGCCACCGAAGCCGCAAUUGGGCCAUCAGAUCACCGAGCUGGAGCAGCUGGAGCGCUAUUAUGCCAAGUGGCCGCAUCUGGCACGAGUACAGUUUCAGGUGUACGACGAACACUAUCGCGAAGCUCAUCCGGAACUCUAUACCGAUUACGAUGCGGGCGAUGACUAUGAGACAGCUGCCGAACUGGAGGAGGCACAGCAGGAUCAUGGCGAGGAGGCCAAUCUGCCGCCCUAUAUCAAAAAAUACAAUCGACGCAAUAAACAGCUGCUCAAUCUGCUCGAGGGUACAUUGCCGCCGGCUACGCCCACGCCGUUCAGCGGCCUCUGGAGCGGCUCCCAGCUGCAGCCGGGUCCGCACGAAUCGGCGCCCAUACGACUGGACGAUGAUUACGUUAAGCAGAAGCGACGUCGCUAUCAGCAGCGCUACGAAGAUCUCUUUGCCCAGCAGCACAGCGGCAGCACCACGACGACGACAACAACGACGACGCCCGCAACGCUCACCAGCAGCCUGUCCAACCAUCUGCCCGAAGAGGAGAAGCAAUUGAAUGAUAAUGAGCAUCACCAGUCAGCUGCCGUUGAAUUCUGGCAAAUGGACACCAAAGCAUUGCCACAGUCGCCGCCCGCCGCCGCCGCCGCCGACGUCACCACCGUGCAUUCCACACCAAAGCCGGCACUCUUUAAGCUGCCCCUCUACCCGGCCAUAACGGACAGCUUCUUGGGCACGCCGCGCAGCCGCAGCGCACAGUUUGUGGCCAAUGUCACCGGACGCGGUCAGAGCAGCUGGCAUGCUGCUCCCCCGGCCGCCGCCAGCUCUGUUGAUGAUGAUGAUAGCACUCCGAUGCCGCCAUCCUCGCCGCUCAACUCGUUUGUCUAUCAUCGUGUCGUGGAUGGCAUUGGCGCUGCCAACUCCCUCUCUUCAUCGUCCGCAGCCAGCCGGAAGCAGCGUUUGCCCUUCGUGGCCAUCACGGAUCGACGGCUGGAGAACAUCAGCGCCCAUAAGUUGCUCGGAGAACGACACAAAGACUUUGAGCAGAAUCACUUUCCAAUGCCUUAAGCCGCUCUACAACGGGAAGAUCGAGGGAACGCACGAGACGUUACAGUAGAAGUAGAAAAACAACCACAAACGGAAGCAGCAGCAACAUACAAGAAUGGAAAACCAGUUUAAACCAACGCGAAAAGAAAAAGGAUUUCGACUCGAGUUUUUGUUUAAGCAUGUCAAUGCCAUGAAAGCAGGAGUAAUUAGAAUAUGGCUAUACAUAUGACAAAUCGGAAACUAACAAGUUUAUGACUCUCAAGCAAAUCUGAUCAACGAUCAUUUUGGUAAUCGGCGCAAUUAAUCGAUCAACGCUACGCAUACAGCUCGCCGUAAAAAUAUCUAUCUUUUGCCUUGGUUUAAGCCGGUUUCCCAUUGCUUAUCUAAAUCUAAAUAUAGACAUAAAUUUCAGUAGUUGCUUCUGAAUUAAAUCUUAAGUUUCGAGCGAUGAGUACUGUACUUAGAUCUAAUUUUGAUUCGCAUCUGAGAGCAGGUGAAAAGCCUAAAAAAAUGAAAAUUAAAAAAAUUUAAAAUAUAUUCUAUGUUUCCAGACUUUUUUGCGUGUCUUGAAAAAGAUCUCUUGCAUAUUGAACCUAAACGAGGAAAAAGUUAUAGGAAAUUACAAAAAUUGAAGAAAAAAACAUGCAAAAAAAAUUAAAAUAAAAACAAAAAUAUUUAAAAAAAAAAAAACAAUGAAAAGAAAACUAAAUAUAAGCUAAAAUUUUUUUGGUGUAUGAUAGUAAAUGACACAGACAACUAACCACAUUAACGCGACCGUAGUUACACAAAACACCCACACACACACACAGACACACAGACACAGGCAGACAGACCGGAAGGAGCUGUUGAAAUAAGAUAUAUUUAAAGAGCCUGAAUGUAUGCUUCACUUUUUUUUUAAAGAACAACAUUGAAUAUUGUAAACCUAGAAAUGUCGAUCAAAUAUAUGUAAUACGUGGAAUGCAAUUUAUUAUUUCCAGAUUGUAGUUUGGCUUUUAUUGCUUGACCAAUGUUAGAAGCAAAGCUCUAGAAAGCUCGUAACGCUAAUAGAUGGCUUUUUUCUUUAUUCCCGACCCCGAAAGUUUUGUUUCAAGAGCCCGACACUUUCAAUGCACGCAACAUCAAAUAGGUUUCAAAAUUAAUUCAAAAGCAACAAGAAAAAAUUGAAUAUGAAUAAAUAUAAUCACACAAAAUGCAGUGAAAUGCAGUAUUGAAUGUACAUAGUAAAUGUAUUGUAGAAUCUUUUCGGCUCAACCAAGAUACUUAUUCAAUAAACGACUCAAACGUAAGUGGAAAAACAUAUUUAGUUGGCUUUAGCACAAACCAAGAACAGAUACACAUAUGGAAAUAAACAAAGAAAAUAUAUAUACAUAUAUGCAUAAAUAUAUCGUUUGGCAUGCUCUCUAAAAAACUGAUUUAGAAAGAAAAACUUUUGGGUUCAGGUUUGUAAUUUUCUUGAAAAUAUUACAACUGGCGACUGUCCAGUUUGUGAAGUUUGAGCACAGCUGUUGCUGAUAUGCUAAAAAUUUGCGGAAUAUCCCCAAUGCCUUGUGUUGCUGUAUAUUGAAAAUGAAUAUAAUUUAUGUAACAGAUUUAAUGAGCAUGCAAACGCAAAAAGAUACAACAUGAAUUUACUAAAGCGUUAUUAUACAUGUGCAAACCAGCAAAAACAACACAUACAAACAUACGCACACACACACACACACACACACACACACACACUUAUAAAGAGCAAGAACGUUGCAAGUACACACAUCUCAUUAUGUGGUAAUAUUUUAAUGGAAUGAAAUUCAAUAAAGCGAAAUUUAUUAUUUACGCCUAA